AUGCUACCAACGCCAAUUGUCAAAGAUCUAGACUUUGAUAAAGUAUAUGAACCUUCAGAAGAUUCAUUUUAUUUAUUAGAUUGUUUUGAAAUUGAGAAAGAUUUUCUUGUGAAGAAAUUCACAAAUCAAGUACCAAUUAUAACUGAGAUUGGAACAGGUUCAGGUAUCAUUACAACUUUCCUAAUACAAAAUAUUCUACAAGAUGCAAUCUAUAUAACUACAGAUAUAAAUCCCACAGCAUGUGUUUCAGCAAAAGCAACUUUGUUACAUAAUUGUAAAAAGAAAGCUCAUCUAGUGGAUUCAACUCAAAUGGAUUUAACCUCAUCCAUAAGGAAUAAAACUAUUGAUGUAUUAGUUUUUAAUCCACCAUAUGUUCCUGCAUCCGAAGUUCCAAAUUUACCAACUAAUGAUACAGAUAAUAAAUGGUUGGAUUUGGCUCUUCUAGGAGGUGAAGAUGGAAUGAUUAUAACAUGGAAAGUUUUAAAUAAUUUGGAAAACAUCUUAAGUGAUGAAGGUGUUGCAUAUAUCUUGUUCUGUGCUAGAAACAAGCCUGUUCAAGUAGCUGAAAUAAUGAGACAAAAAGGAUGGGAAGUAACGACGAUAAUCAAUAAGAAAGCUGGUUGGGAAGUACUAAGUAUACUACGAUUUAAUAAGCAUUAG